GGGCGCGGCGCAGCGCGGGGCCAUGUGGGCGGUGGCGGCGGCGGCGCGGGGGCUCCGCGGGGCCCGGCUCAGCUCCUGGCUGCCCCAGAGGGUCCCGCUCCGAGGCAGUCACUGGCAGAGCUCACUGCUGGGGCUCAGGACAUCCCUCCCUGUGAGAGCACAACCAAAGAAGAAAAAGAAAGUGGAUGUGAAGAAAGAGCAAGCACAGAAGGAGCGUAUGAAGAAAAAGCUUAAAAAGUUGGAAAGAGCUGCCCCAGAACUGAUUCCAAUUGAGGAUUUUAUAACACCACUGAAGUACACAGAGAGCAACAGGGAGCGAAGUCUUCCCGAUCUUUCUCCUGAGGAGUCUGAAAGAAGAGUUUUACUUUUGAAGAAGUGGUGUUUGUUUAAGCAGAAACAAGAUGAGGCAGAAAAGAAAGCAAUUAAGGCCCUUGUAGAAUCUCAGCAGGAGGCACUGAAGGAGCUGCAGCUGGAAUCCGAGGAGCUGUACCAGGCAGCAAUCCUGAGGGACGAGAGACUCUUCCCCUUCGAGAGGGAGGGACCCACUUACACCCCUCCCCUUCCUGGCUAUGAUCCCCCCGAGGGGAAGUGCGUUGACAUCACCAAGGUGUACACACAGUGACAGGGGAGCUCCUGCAUCGGCUGCCAGGAGGUGCUCAGCUGACUGAAGGAAGAAAGAAUGGAGUAAUAAACACAUUUUCCUGCAGGUUACAACACUGCAGGAUGUGACUGUAAAAAAAUAAAUGAAGUAUCUCUGUGUUUUAAUGACAAUCCAGGUAAUAACACACCUAGUAAAGCUACACCACCUUACAUAGUGGCAAAGCCACUUUUUUUUUAUUUUCUUAUAUUGCCAUCUCACUGUUGUAACUACAUUUCUGUGGGUUUGCCCUAAUAAAAAACAGAUCUCUCUA